AUGUCAGUCAAGCUACUACCAGAUUAUGUACUGGAUAUGGGUGUUCGGGAUUGGGUCGAGGCUACUUUGCUCUGUUACUACCCGUUGACGUAUCUGGGCAGCGCUGUGAAUGGACUGGAGGAGGGAGAAGCCUCACCUGCGCUUUGUUUGUUUAUUGCUCUGACUACCAUCGGGCCACUGACAUACGCAUUUCUGUCUAGACAUGCAGUACUCGACAAAGAGAUCCCAAUUCUGAUCAAGAACUACAUGUUCAGGAUCUUGAGCACGAAGGACGACGCAGAUGCAAUUCGCCAAGAUUUCGAAGCGAUGGACUCUGCACAACGAGUGGACGAGGAUAACCGACAACAGCAGCAACGUCACCGUCCAUUGGGAUUGCCAGCUUAUAUGACGAGCACGGAUAUUUCGACAGGCUUGAGCAGCACAGAAGUCGUGGAACGACAGAGAUACUUCGGACAAAAUCGACUCUACAUUGAGCCAAGCUGGAAAUUUCUGAUUCAGCGUGUCUGCGGAGAUCCGGAUCUUGUCGUUGUGCUGGUUUCAAUCGUCCCCGCUUUGUUAUCGAGACAAUACAAACACCUUGCGUGCAUCUCCCUGCUGAUAGGAGUCUGUCUACAGCCCAUCGUCGAGCAGACACGGAGUGCUUUUAGACCACAUCCUUUGAUCACUUGGAAUCAAAAAAACAAGGCUAUCGUGCUCCGCAAUGGGACAAUGCACGAGAUUGCGAUGCUUCAGUUAGUACCAGGCGACAUCGUUCACCUAGAAGUGGGUAGUUAUCUUCCAGCUGAUGGUCGUAUCAUUGCGCUCGAAGAUACACUAGAGAUGGACAACGCGUACAUAUUUGGUGAAAGCUCCGUUCAACAGGUUAUUGUCGGUCUUCGGUGCAAUGCAACAUCACGAGUUAUCACCGGAAACGCGUUCAUGCUUGUCGAGGGGACAGGUCUGAAUACACUUGUGGGUCGAACAAAUUCAAGGAGUCCAGGCAGCACGAGAUCGAAACCUUCUCGCAAGAUUGGCACGCAAGAUCAUGUUCUCGUUGAGAAGCUUACACUGAAUGGUAUUGCUUUUUUGCACAUCAUAGUUUGCUUCUGGCUCUUCAGACAUCUGCGAAUUGACAGCACGUUCAGAUCUUUGAGACUCGGAGUCGGGCUCGCUAUUGCUCUGUCCCGAAGCGGUCCAAGGUCUCUAUCAACUCAUCGUGCUGUCGGCAUGGGCCGCUUGGCGACUUCAAAUGGCUGUAUCGUCGCCAGACUCGCCAGUAUCGAUGCCUUAGCUGGUGUCAAUGUCCUCUGUAUUGACAAAACAGGAUCUUUGAGUGAGAAUUGGUUAGUCGUACACGAGCCAUACUGUGUUUCUGGAAGUCCGGAGGAAGUUAUGACUACAGCGUGUCUCAGCUCGUCGCCGCGUUCUGGAGCUGAUCCAGUCGAUGCUGCUUUCUCUAGAGGGCUCAAGCGCUUCCCACGAGCUCAAGCAGAAGUUGAACGACAUAAUGUUCUAGAUUUUGAACCUUUCAGUCACGAGACAAAGAGAAUGCAGUGUCUGGUUGAGUCGUCAACGGGGGCAAGGAUGCUUUGCGCCAAAGGUGCACCGAAAGCUAUCCUUGAGUUGUGUGAGGUCGACGAUAAGGUGGCACAGGACUUCAAAGAAGCCGUGGCUAGCUUCGCCUACGCGGGGAACAGGAUCCUGGGCGUAGCCCGCAAGUACGAGUCCGAACCUUGGCAAUUGAUGGGAGUAGUACCACUUUCAGAUCCUGCUCGGCGUGACACGCGCCUAUCUUUGGAAAUGGCAAGACGAUUGAGGGUCUCCGUCAAAAUGCUCACAGGAGACUCGAUGGCUGUUGCUAAAGCUUUUGCACACAGCGUUGGAUCAGAAGAUAAUGUGGUGGUUCCAAUGGAAUACCCCGAGCCACUGGAUACAGCUGCAGAGCGUGAGAUAGAGCUAGCAGACGUCUAUGCCGAAUGUUUUCCAGCUGACAGAAAGGCUGUACUUACAGUGCUGCAGAGCCGCGGCCACCGAGUCGCAAUCACAGGCGAUGACGUAUCACAUGUGCUUGCCCUUGAUCAAGCAGAAUGUGGGAUUGCCGUUGAAGGAUCAGUCGAAGCCGCACAAGGUGCUGCGGACCUGAUAAUGCUGAAACCUGGAGUCUCGCGAAUAGUGAAUACACUACGAAUCUGUAGGCAGAUCUUCCAACAAGGACACAACAGCAUUGUGGAGCAGACGGUACGAAGUACACACACAAUACUGGUGAUGACAUUCUAUGCAUCCAGAUACGGCGAAAUACUUCCAUUGUUCCCAAUCCUGGGGCUUACUACAGUCUUGGAUCUUCUGAAAAAUUUAUCUUCGGAGUUUGGCAUAGAUAUUCCCUACUCCAUUACACCCGUCAAAUGGAGCUUUCGAAAACUUCUUGGUGAAAUUGUGUCACUCACAGCAACACUCUCAGCUGGAUCCUGGUUCAUAUUCAACUUAGUCCAGGAAAAUGUCGCUUCCAUCACCUGGAGCGAUCACUCUAGUUUCGCUGCUUUAACCCUGCAUGAUGUCAAGAUUAUGUCCAUAUCCUAUAUUGUUGUCUCAGAAUGCUGGCUAUCGUAUAUCAUCAAUAGCGGUGGUCGUCCUUGGUACUGCCUCAAAGAUUUGAAGCAGACCAUUAUGCUGAUGGUUGUCCUUGGAUUACUUACAACCGCAAGCGUUCAGGGUCUGCUGGGCCAGGAGUAUCAACUACACUUGGCCACGGCACAUCAUGUAUGGUUGAUGAGUUUGAGUGCGAUGCUCACGUCCAUGUGCCUACUCGCAGUUACGUCGAGUACUGGACAGAUAGAUUCGCAGGCAGCCUGA